UGCACAUGGUACAUAGCUGUCAGAUUUUUCUAAUUGUGGGGGAGAAAAACAUUACGAACCACGAUGCAGGAAGCAUAAUUUGUAGUUCCGAAGUUGAAGAAAUACAUGUAGAUACAGAAAUGAAUUUGGGUGCCUUCAUUCAACUCUGUUUUUGCACUUUUAUUGCCAUUGAAGUGGAGGGAAAUUUUCCAUUCCGUAACGUAUCACUUCCUUGGGAUGUCAGGGUGGAAGACUUGGUUUCGCGUCUGACAGUUGAGGAGGUAAUUCUGCAGCUGUCGAAAGGAGGAGCAGGAGAGAGUGGUGGACCAGCCCCGGGCAUUCCACGGUUAGGUAUUGAUCCGUACCAAUGGAAUACAGAGUGUCUCCGUGGUGACGUGGAGGCGGGGAAUGCCACUUCGUUUCCAGAAGCUAUUGGAUUGGCUGCGUCAUUUAGCCCUGCCUUGAUAUUUGCAGUGGCGAAUGCCACAGCUUUUGAAGUGCGAGCCAAGCAUAGUGACUUCAUGAGGAGGAAAGUCUACAGCGACCACACUGGCCUGAGCUGUUUUAGUCCAGUCAUCAACAUCAUGAGGCACCCUCUUUGGGGAAGAAACCAGGAAACCUAUGGUGAAGACCCAUACAUGAGUGGCACUCUUGCUGAGCACUUCGUCCAUGGUCUGCAAGGUGAUCAUCAACGAUACAUCAAAGCCAAUGCCGGCUGCAAACAUUUCGAUGCUCACAGCGGCCCAGAGAACAUUCCCGUGUCUCGGUUGUCGUUUGAUGCAAAGGUGACAAUGCGUGAUUGGAGGUUGACAUUCCUGCCACAGUUCAAGAGAUGCGUGGAAGCUGGUACUCUCAGCAUCAUGUGCAGCUACAAUAGACUCAAUGGGAUUCCAGCAUGCGCUCACAAGCAGCUCCUAACAGACAUCCUUAGAAAAGAAUGGAAAUUCACCGGUUAUGUUGUCAGUGAUGAGGGGGCGCUCGAGUUCAGCAUCACGAAACACAAAUAUUUCAACAAUUCUGUUAAUGCUGCAGCAGCCAGUUUCAAUGCCGGGACCAAUUUAGAGCUUUCAGCCAACCAAACUCACCCUGUCUACAGCUAUUUAAACCAGGCUUUGCAACAACGGAAAAUUACAAAGGAACUCUUGUAUGACAGAUUAAAGCCACUGUUUUAUACUCGAAUGAGACUUGGUGAGUUCGAUCCUCCGGAGAUGAAUCCAUAUUCGAAUAUUUCCUUGUCUGUGAUUCAGAGUCCGGCUCACCGGGAACUCUCCAUCCAAGCUGCAAUGAAGUCGUUUGUGAUGCUCAAGAAUGAUAACCAGUUACCUCUUCGAUUGAAGAUCAAAACUUUAGCUAUUGUUGGCCCCAUGGCUGACAACCCACUCCAACUCUUUGGUGAUUACUCUCCCACACCUGAUACCCGCUUCAUCGUCACUCCCUACAAAGGACUGAAAUCAUUGGCAAAUGUGACCAAGUUUGCAGCAGGAUGUCUGGCUCCCUCGUGUAGCACGUUCAGUGCCCGUGAUAUCCAGCAAGCUGUGCAGGACACGGACUUGACCAUCGUGUGUUUAGGAACAGGCGUUGCUCUUGUAUCAGAAAAUCGUGAUAGAAAAAACUUUGACUUGCCAGGGAAGCAGAGUGAUCUUCUAACAUAUGCUAUUGAUAACAGUCCAGGCAAAGUCAUUGUGCUCCUAUUCAGUGCUGGUCCACUUCAUAUCUCCAUUGCUGUCGGCAACCCAAAAGUGACAGCCAUCUUCCAGUGUUUUUUCCCUGCCCAGGCAACGGGUGAGGCCUUGCGGAGAAUCUUCCUUGGGAGCAGAGCAGAGACAAAUCCAGCCGGGCGUCUGCCAUAUACUUGGUAUGCCUCGAUGGACCAGGUGCCGUCCAUAACCAACUAUACCAUGGUCAACCGGACGUACCGAUAUUUCCUAGAAGAACCGUUGUUUCCAUUUGGCUACGGCCUGUCCUAUACCAAGUUCACUUAUGUCUCGCUAGCUGUGAGUCACCUUCGACUAGCACCAGGCCAGAACCAGACAGUAAAGGUGGAGGUGCGCAAUGAUGGCAAGGUGUUUGAUGGCGACGAGGUUGUCCAGGUUUACGUCGCUUGGGAAAAUGCGGAAAAACUGAAAAUGCCGCAGCUCCAACUGGUGGGAUUCGACAGAGUGAACAUUGCUCGUGGUCCUUCUGUUACUCGGUACUUCACUAUCACACCAGAACAGCUGGCUGUUUGGGAUGAUGCAAGGGGAUCUGUCAUCAGACCAGGUACGAUCACAGUGUAUGCUGGUGGACAACAACCUUUCCAAAAGACGCGGGUUCCAUCCAAUGUGCUCUCGACGAAGUUUACAAUAAUCUGAUUGGUUCUUGAGAAUCAACGAGCAAGAUUAUCGAUGUACUUAUCCGCUGACAAUCCAGUGUGUUGCCGUGUAGUGUCACGCUGUGAAUGCUCAACACGUAAGCAAUACAGCAAAUGUCAGCUGUUCUUCUGCUAGUUACGAAUGGCAGAUUCCUUGAAACCAUCAACAAAGGUAACAAUGAUGCAUUUUGAUCAAAGUCACAUGUCAUUAAUUUUCAGAUUAUGUCACAUUCGAAAUGCAUAACAUCUUCAUCACAUCAUUAUGUUAAUCGGUAUUUCUGUCAAUCAGAGCUUGUAUCAUCGCACAUCUGACUGAAAUACAAUUGAAGCCUACUGUUAGUUGAAAGGUACUUCUGAAUCACUGAUCAUGCAGUUUUUUAAGAAUA